AUGGAGAAGAUUAAUGAACAAUCUAGACAAUGCAAGAAUUUUGUAUAUACAAUUAUAAAUAUUGAUGUUGAUACCAAGAUUGAAAUUAAUCAUUUAAAAAAUAUGUUGGGUAAUUCUACUGCCAUUCAACGUCCAAAAGAUCAAGCUUCUACUAACGGAGCUCAAAGAAAUGCUGGAAAAGAAAGAUCCUCUCCAGCAAUGGAAUAUAAUUUAAACCAUCCGCAUAAUAUUUCAAACUUGGAUGCAGACAAUUUAAAAUUAUGGCGGCAUCCAAUUACAACAUUACAUUAUUUCUUUAAUGAAGUCUUCAUUAAUGUGCUUAGUUUAGCAAAGGAAACUUUGCUAUACAAACGAACUGUAAUUGCUAUGAUUUCGAUUAUACUAUUUUUUCUUCUAUCAAGCAGAAUCUCUGGUCCCCAACAAGAGAUGUUUAAAUUGUGGGAAACCAAAAUUAUAUGGGGGUUAUAUUGGGUAGGAUUAGGUGUAUUAUCAAGUGUAGGUCUUGGAACUGGUUUGCAUACCUUUGUAUUAUAUUUAGGACCACAUAUAGCGGCUGUUACUAUGGCAGCAUACGAAUGUGGUACUUUGAAUUUUCCUGAACCACCAUAUCCUGAUAAAAUAAUAUGUCCAACAAAGAUCGAUCCAUUAUGGACAGUAGGUAUAUUAAAUAUUAUGAAAAAAGUACGUAUAGAGGCCAUGCUUUGGGGGGCUGGUACUGCACUUGGCGAGUUACCGCCAUAUUUUAUGGCUAGAGCUGCAAGAAUAAGUGGAAAAAGUAAUAAGAAUGACAAUUUUGAUCAAGAAGAUCUGAAGGAAUUAGAAGCGCUGGAAGCAUUGGAAAAUGGAGAAAAUGUAUCAUUUGUGAUGCGAUUAAAGUUAACUAUGAAGCGAUUUGUUGAAAAGGCUGGAUUCUGGGGCAUAUUAGCUUGUGCAUCAAUUCCAAAUCCAUUGUUUGACCUGGCUGGUUUGACAUGUGGACAUUAUCUCAUUCCAUUCUGGACAUUCUUUGGUGCAACCCUUAUAGGAAAGGCUGUUAUUAAAAUGCACAUACAGCAAUUAGCAGUAAUCAUAGCCUUCAAUGAAGAACUUUUAGAUAAGUUUAUUAGCUUAUUAGCAGUUGUGCCAUUUGUUGGCACAAAAUUCCAAGAACCGUUAAAAAAAUAUUUCAUUGCACAGAAACAGAAGCUACAUGAUAAGUCUAUGGAUGGAAAAACUACGAUAUCGUGGCUGUUCGAUUCAUUCGUGAUAUUGAUGGUUCUUUAUUUCUUAAUGACACUUGUUCAUGCAUUAGCACGAAAUCAUCAUCGUAGACGAACUAAACCAUCCAUCGAUUAAAGCUUAUAAAAGACAUAAGAUAGGUAGAAAUAUGAAAUUAGUUCCACUGCAACAUAUUUAAAUGAAUAAACACAAACUUGUUUUUAAUAAGGCAAAAAAUAAGACAUGAAAUGCAAAGAAUGUGUUACAAAUUUCAGUGUUAGACACAUAUUAUAUACAACAGAACAACAUUAAGUAACUAAAUUUUUUUUCUUCGUGUACGUUUGUAUUGGUAAAAUACUUUGUAAUAGUAUCUGUUGCAAGGAUAUCCUGUUACGUAGACAUUUAUAUAUGCGUGUCUGCGCGCGCGAGUGCGUGUGUGUAUGUAUAUAUAUAUAUAUAUACAUAGAUUCCGACCUUUUAUAAACAAAAUUUAUGUACAGUGCAUGAAACAAAUGUUUAAUGAUAAUAUUCUAUAAUUUUCUUGCACAAUCAAUUGAUACUCAAGCUUCUCUAUUACAUCGAUAGCAAAGGUUGAACUAAAAUAUUUGCGAGCAAUGAGAAAAUGUAAUCAAUAAAAUUAGUAUCUAGUGAAA